AUGCUGCGCAAGGACUUCGAGGCGGAGAUCGAAGAGGCGAGGGCGUUGGCAGAAGGGAAAAGAGCGGAGGCCAGAGAGCGCGCGCAGCAGUCAGACGAUUUCUCUCUCGAUGAGCUGAAGAGGCUGAUGGCGCAGGUCACGGCGAUCGAGACCCAGAAUGCGUGGAUUCUGGACGCUGUGGGCAAGAUCGCGGGCGCCGGGCUGACCGCCAAGACCCGAGCCGCGCGGAUAUCGGCGGAGACCCAAGAGACGCAGGUCACAUGGUUCAUGACUCUUGUUGAGCAGCUAUACGCGCAGAAGCCCAGCACGAUCCUGGACGAGCUACUCGACAACCAGAAGGAGACUGGGCCCGCGGGCGACGCGACGCCGUUGCAGGCAGAUCCAGCUCCUCGCAGAGGCGUGCAAGCGGCCGCGCGACAAAUACUCUGCGAGGCCACUGAAUGA